UCGAAGUUUUAAAGAAAACAGACUCUUCACACUCUACUGAACUGCCGUGUAAACCAUGUAUCAGUUGUAAGACAGCAUGCUGUGUACCGUAAAUGCAAAAGCACUGCUAGUUGCACAGUGUAAGAUCUCAACCAUUUCAGACGGUAAAUGUCAGAGGUGAACUAAUGCACUCUACCCUUUUAGACCAGCCUACAUCUGAUAAGGCUGGAAAGGACGCACAACUGAAUAGUUGCCGAGGCUAGUGCGCUAACAUCUAACAAGGUUACAUAUCGGUUAGGGCCACCAGAAGACCAAACACCUCACCACAGCGAUGUUGUUUCGGUUUGGUGUCAUUUUAACUCCCGAACGCACCGACAUUGAAGUGCUGAUGGUGGGUUCGCGAGAGGAGAUGGGACAUUGGGACUCCGGCAAAGCCGUGGCGAUGACAGCCGCACGCAUCGUACUCUCCACGCGCGAGCCUUUCCUCUGGGUCUGCGAAGUGCAGCUCAAGCCGCCGUUUAUAGAAAACUUCUGGUUCAAGUUCCUCAAACGUGGCAAAAGCGGAGAACUCAUCUGGGAAGGUAACGGUCCCCAUCACGACCGCUGCUGCGCGUACGACGAGCAGAACGUGGUGGAGGGUGUCCAUUGCCACCCCAUUGGUCACUGGAUUGAGGAGAGCGGACACACUGACGAGAUGAAACACACCACUGACUUCUACUUCAGCAUCGCAGAGGAGCAGGCUAUGCACUACUCACAGAUCCUCCCACGGGUGUGGUUGGGCAGUUGCCCACGGCAAGUAGCGCACGUGAUGAUAAAGAUGAAGCACGAGCUGGGCGUUACUGCAGUGAUGAACUUCCAAACAGAGUGGGACGUCAUCAACAACUCACAUGGCUGUCGCCGUGACAACUCGGAGUCCAUGACCCCUGAAACCAUGAUGCGACUCUACAGAGACUAUGACAUGGCCCACGUGUGGAUGCCCACACCUGAUAUGAGCACUGAAGGCCGCGUGCGGAUGCUGCCACAGGCUGUCUUCCUGCUCCAGGGGCUUCUGGGUAAUGGCCACGUGGUGUACGUGCACUGUAACGCGGGCGUGGGCCGCUCCACGGCGGCCGUGUGCGGGCUGCUCAUGUACGUGCUGGGCUGGAGCCUCCGGCGGGCGCAGUACCACCUGUGCGCCCGCAGACCGGCGGUGUAUAUAGACGAGGAGGCCCUGGUCAGGGCGCGGGGAGACUACCUGAGGAAGUUCGGCCGUGCACAGAGCUCACCUUGUCUGGUGGAGGAGUGAAGGGCCAUACACACACACACACACACACACACACACACUAACACACACUUACACACACUAACACACACUCUGACUAACACACAACAAGGCAGAGGUCCCUGUGUAUGGUGGCAGAAAAAGGGUAAUGGAAAAUUCUUAUGUGCUCUGAGGGGUGUAGGGUUAAUCACCUUUAAGUACUGUUCAUUGGGAAUGCCAUUGUGUAGUACAAUAAAAUGUAAUUGAAUUCUGGCUAUUUUGAGUUAAAUAAAAUCAAUCGCAAAUAA